AUGCGGCUUACCACAGACUCACCUAAACCCUCGCGGUCGCCCUCGCAAACCUUCUCCAACGGUUCCUCAAAUGGUGUCUCGCCUGCCAGACGGAAGGCCGCAAAUGGCAGCUCUCAUUCCAAGACCGAAAGCAACGGCUCGUACGCAAACGGUAACGCAGUAAGAGCACCCCAGCGGCCGUGGUUCGGGCACGAUCGGGAGGAGGUCACCCGGAUACUUAUACAGAGUUUGACGGAGCUCGGGUACCAUGGCGCAGCGGGGGCAUUGUGUCAAGAAAGCGGAUACGAGCUAGAGGGGCCGACGGUUGCCGCAUUCAGGAGUGCGGUGCUGUUAGGUGACUGGGCGGAGGCGGAGGCACUACUGUUUGGCGUGGAGUCCUAUGAUGACGGAGGAGGAGUAGGACUAGGAGACGGAGACACCGGAAUUGGGAACGGGAAGGCGGCCAUAAGAUCAAGCAAGAGUUCGUGGCAGUCGCAGGGUCCGGCAGGAGGACUUACGCUUGCGGAGGGGGCGAACAAGAGCGAGAUGAUGUUCUGGAUGCGGCAGCAGAAGUAUCUGGAGUUGCUGGAGCAGAGGGAUCUAGGAGCGGCGCUCAUGGUGCUACGGCAGGAGUUGACGCCUCUACAUCAAGACACUGGGAGGUUACAUGCUCUGUCGAGUCUGAUGAUGUGCCAAUCGGCGGAGGACCUCAAAUACCAAGCACAGUGGGACGGCGCUGUAGGAGAGUCGCGGAGUUAUCUACUGUCAGAGCUGUCCAAAUCAAUAUCACCGAGCGUGAUGAUACCCGAGCACCGGCUCGCAGUGCUGUUGAGUCAAGUGAAAGAGAACUGGAUAUCGAAUUGUCUAUACCACAACACUUUAGCAUCGCCCUCCCUCUACGUCGACCACUCCUGCGACCGCGACGACUUUCCACUAAAAACCGUCCUCGAGCUACGCAACCACCACGAUGAGGUCUGGUUUCUCCGCUUCUCGCACGACGGCUCGAUGCUAGCAACAGCGAGCAAAGACUGCACAGUCGUGAUAUACGACACCACGACCUUCAAACCACUGCAUAUCCUCGCCGACCAUGACGCCGGAGUGUGCUAUGUAGCAUGGAGUCCCGACGACACCAAGCUCAUCAGCUGCGCUCAGGCUCAAGACAACUGCGCACGAGUGUGGGACACGAAGACGGGCAAAUGCAUCAUAACUCUCAACCACUUUACCUACCCCGUCACCUGCGCCGCGUGGUCACCAAACAGCGAUGCCUUCAUCCUCGGUUCCCAGGACACAAGCUCCGCUCUCUGCAUCCACGACCUCAACGGUGCACGGCUGUACGCCUUCUCGGCAUCCGAAACGUUCCGUGUGCAUGACAUUGCCAUCUCGCCCGAUGGCACCCGGCUCAUCGCCCUGCUGGAGACCCGUAUCGUUGUCUACGACUACCAGACCCGUGAGAAGCUGGGCGACUGGGAGAUGGAAAACGCCAAGACAUUAACAAGCUUAUGUGUCAGCGGCGACGGACGUAGGAUGCUGGUCAGCACAAACGAGAACUGCAUUAGGCUGCUAAGUGUAGAGACGGGAGAGUGCCUACAAAUGUUUGAGGGACAGAGGCAGAGUGAGUUCAUCAUUAGGAGCAGCUUUGGUGGUGCGGGGGAGGGGUUUGUCGUUAGUGGGAGCGAAGACUCCCGCGUCUACAUUUGGCGCACAAACGGCCACCUCGUCGAAGCGCUUGAUGCCCAUCGGCCUGGCUGCGUAAAUGCUGUGGCAUGGCAUCCAACCAACCCGUCUAUGUUCGCCUCUGCCGGGGAUGAUUGUCGGAUUAGGAUGUAA